CAGCAAUCUGCAAUGAUUCUUCAGAAGAACCAGUGUUAAAAUAAUGGACCCCAAAGAAUCACUAAGCUCCUUGGAUGGAGAGGAAGCAGAGAAAAAUGUGCACUUCCGUGACAAAGGAAGGACUGUGAUGGACUUUCAUCCAACCUUCAGGGGUGGAGCUACUGUCAGGGCUCCUGCAUCUACAUCUCCCCUGCCUACAUCUUCUCAGUCAGACUCUAAACAGCAGCCUGUUUUGGGUGACUUUUCAAAAGGACUAGUAAGCAAUGCUCCUCAGCCGGAUCUUUCCAAGGCAGUGUUGCUCUCCAUGGGACUGUAUAUGGGGGAGACAGAUGCAAAAGUGAUGGGAAACGAACUUGGAUUUCCACAGCCGGGCCAAAUUGGCAUCUCUUCUGGGGAAACAGACUUCAGGCUCUUGGAAGAAAGCAUUGCAAGCUUGAACAAGUCCGCUAGCCUGACAGACAGUUCGAAGGGGACAGUAUCUGUUGGGGUACCUCUUGAGCGGGAUUUUCCAAUUAUGGCUAACAGCAAUCUCCCUUUAGGCCAGGCUGGCACUAAUGGUGGCAACUUGAAGUUGUUUUCUGAAGACCAAAGUACCUUUGAUAUUCUGCAGGAUUUAGAAUUGCCAUCAGUUUCGCCAGGUAAGGAACCAAAUGGGAGCCCAUGGAGACUAGACCCAUUGCUAGAUGAAGGGGACUUGUUGUCUCCUAUGACAGCAGAUGAAUCGUUUCUCUUGGAAGGAAAUGCAAAUGAAGAUUGCAAGCCUCCCAUCUUACCAGACACUAAGCCUAAAAUUAAUGAGCAUGGAGAUCUUUUACCCAGCCCCAAAAUGCAGAUGCCGCAGGUGAAGACAGAAAAGGAAGACUUUAUUGAACUCUGCACUCCUGGGGUAAUAAAGCAAGAGAAAAUGGGCCCGGUUUAUUGUCAAGCUAAUUUUUCUGGGUCAAACCUAAUGGGUAAUAAAAUGUCUGCCAUUUCUGUUCAUGGUGUCAGUACUUCUGGAGGACAACUGUAUCAUUAUGACUUGAAUACUGCAUCUCUCUCACAACAGCAGGAUCAGAAACCAGUUUUUAAUGUCAUUCCAUCUCUGCCUGCUGGUUCAGAAAAUUGGAAUAGGUGCCAAGUAUCUGGGGAUGACAAUAUGACUCCCUUGGGAACUCUGAACUUUUCUGGCAGGCCUGUUUUCUCUAAUGGCUACUUGAGUCCUGGAGUGAGAUCUGAUGCAAGCUCUUCUCCAUCCACCGCCUCGACAGCAACAGGACCACCUCCCAAACUUUGCCUGGUCUGUUCUGAUGAAGCCUCUGGAUGUCACUAUGGUGUCCUAACUUGUGGCAGCUGCAAAGUAUUUUUCAAAAGAGCUGUGGAAGGACAGCACAAUUAUCUAUGUGCUGGAAGAAAUGAUUGUAUCAUUGACAAAAUUCGAAGAAAAAACUGUCCAGCCUGUCGCUACCGGAAGUGUCUUCAAGCUGGCAUGAAUCUAGAAGCUCGAAAAACAAAGAAGAAGAUCAAAGGAAUUCAGCAGUCCAGUGUGACAGCAGCCAGGGAUGCUUCUGAAAGUCCAGUAAGCAAGACCAUAGUUCCUGCAUCUCUACCACAGUUAACCCCUACUCUGGUUUCCCUGCUGGAAGUCAUUGAGCCGGAAGUUCUGUAUUCGGGCUAUGACAGUACGCUACCUGACUCAACGUGGCGUAUAAUGUCAACUCUCAAUAUGUUGGGAGGACGGCAAGUGGUAGCUGCAGUAAAAUGGGCAAAGGCAAUACCAGGUUUCCGAAAUUUACAUUUGGAUGAUCAAAUGACCCUUCUGCAAUACUCAUGGAUGUUCCUGAUGGCUUUUGCUCUAGGAUGGAGAUCAUAUAGACAGUCAAAUGGAAACUUGCUGUGUUUUGCUCCAGAUCUGAUUAUUAAUGAGCAGAGAAUGAAUCUACCAUGUAUGUAUGACCAAUGCAAACAUAUGCUUAUGGUUUCCAAUGAGCUGUCACGGCUUCAAGUGUCAUAUGAAGAAUAUCUCUGCAUGAAAACCUUGAUGCUUCUCUCUACAGUUCCCAAGGAGGGCCUGAAGAGUCAGGCUCUGUUUGAUGAGAUUCGUAUGACGUACAUCAAAGAGCUGGGGAAAGCCAUAGUGAAGAGAGAGGGGAACUCGAGCCAGAACUGGCAGAGAUUUUAUCAACUGACUAAACUUUUGGACUCCAUGCAUGAUGUGGUUGAAAAUCUUCUAAACUUUUGCUUCCAAACGUUUUUGGACAAAUCCAUGAGUAUUGAGUUCCCAGAGAUGUUGGCAGAAAUCAUCAGCAAUCAAAUACCAAAAUAUUCAAAUGGAAAUAUCAAGAAGCUCUUAUUUCAUCAAAAGUGACUGCCUUAAUACAAAAAGAUUGCCUUAAGAAAAUGUUAAACUAUAGCUUUUUUGUACAAACUAUCAGACUUGUUAAUUUUGUCUUGCAACGGUGUUUCUUUUGUUAUUAUGCACUACAUAUGGUUUACAGAGGGCCAAGACUUAAACUACAGAAGCAGCGGAUUGCUCACAUUGAAUGAUUAGAAUGGGGAGGGAGAGGAAAGGAAAGAAAAUUAACCAUUAUAUGCACCUGUACUAGUGGUGCGGAGAUCUAAGGCUGACUUAUGAGCAUUCUACUAGUAAUUACUGCAGUUGGCUGGAUAACAUUUUCUGGUUUGUUUGUUUGUUUGUUUGUUUUUUUCCAGUAAAAUGGUUUGGGUUUUUUGUAUAGUUAAGGUAGCAUUUUGAUUUAUGCAUGUAACCUGAAGAAAGUUUACAAGUGUAUAUCAGAAAAGGGAAGUUGUGCCUUUUAUAGCUAUUACUGUCUGGUUUUAGCAAUUUCCUUUAACUUUAUAUACCGUGAACCUAGGCUUGCUCAUUUUUUUCUUACAUGAUUUUUGUAAUACUUCAAAAUGCCUAUUGUACAACUAUUUUUUAAGGUGGGGCAGCUUGUAGCUUUCCUAAAUGACCUCUAGCCAUUAAUCCUUGAGCAUAUUCAUGUGAAAAUGGGUUGGCUUUUGUAACUUGUUUUAAUUGUCAAGAUGAUCAUACAAAUUUGGCUUUUUUUUAAAGGGUGGAGGAUAGAGUAUUCUCAAAUCUAACCCAAGUAAACAUGAAUUAAACACACUUUUGGUAUUUAUGAAAAUGUGUUGCAAAUAUAGAUUCAUAGACAAUUAGCCCAGGCUAUUUUAUACAGAAAAUGAACUGAUUUUUCAUAUAAUACAACAGCCAUAAGUGCAGUAAUUUUGGGCUGCAUUAAUGUCAAGAUCAGUCCUGACUACCCAUCAGGAAACUUUCACAAAAAAUAUGCAUAGCUUAAAAAAUAGUUCUUAUGUAGAGAAAUUCACAUUUUCCAUACACGUAAAUGUUUCAUCAUACAAGUUGAUAUGGGAAAAUAGCUUUGGCUUAUGAGACAGACUUGUAAUUGUGCCUAGUAUUUUUUAAUAUUUAUUGGCUUUUGAAGGGUUUUUUUUUUUUUUUUUUCAAUUAGACCUUUAUCUUAAAGCAGACAGUAAAACAGAUCAACUGUACUGACAAAUUAUAACUUGCUGGGUAUACAAACCUCAAAUCUGAGUGUGCUUAGUCACCCAUUUUCACAUUUUCAUCUGUCACUGAUCGGUUCAUCUACUUUUCCUGAAGAGCAGGAAGGUUCCGCUACUGAUUUUGGAGUUUAGAAUUGUGUGUCAGACUUCUGUCUUUGUAAAGCUGCAUCCCUUCAUGUCAAAUUACUAGUGUGCCAUAAAAUUACCAUAUGUAUUGUGAACUUCUUGUCACCAUUGAUAAUGAUGUUUUAAAAGGUUGAGAAGCUGUGGUAGCCCUUUCUAUGUGCACCUUAACAACUUUCUGUACAAACAUAAUUUAAAUACUUACUAAGCCACCCUGAAAUUAGAUUUUUUUAUUCAAAAUAGCCCAAUUAUUUGUUUAAUAGAAAAUAGACAAAAAUCUAAUUGAUAAAACAUGAAAUCCCUAAUAUAUUUUUAUAUUUAGUUAUAGUUUCAAAUAUAUAUAAUUGGUAUAUUCACUAAUGGAAGUCUAAGCAAAGAAGGGAAGGACUACUGCAGCUUUAAAAGCAACUUAUUGAAUGAUUGCUAAAUAGCUUGUAUAGUGUAAAAUAAGUGAUUUUUAGAUGACAGAUUGCUUUACCAUGACACAUGAUUUUAGUUUUUGUAGGGGGUCACAAAUAUGCUGAAUGGUAACCCAUGCAAUUUGUGGUUUUUCUGGAAAUAUUAAUACUGUGGCAGAAUAGGUGUUAGAUAUCCAAAGAGGUACUCUUUUCUCUCUCUCUCUCUCUCAUUUGUUUAUCUUCUUAGGAAGGAAGAAACCCAUAUUGAGUAGGUUGAUUCUAGGGCUGAAAUUUACAUUCAUUAGAUCACUGUAUAGAACCACAGCUUGGAACUUGGAACCACCCCUGUUUGGUUACCCUUCACAUUCCAAUAGUAAAUCUUCACACUUUGUAGGUUUACUUGACCUCCACUGCAGAAAAAUGUAAACCGAAAAGAUGUAUGUACAUCACUGAACUUAUGGGGUUAAUUUCAUAUACAGCCUCACAUGGAAUAGCAAAAACAGUUUGAAAAAAUUGGCAAUAAUGUGCUUACAGGUACCAGCAAUAUUUAAAUAUAGAGCAUAGAUUGUUCACAAUACACUAAUACAUUUCUAGUGUUCAGCAAAUGUUUGUUUCCAGGUGAAUAGGAAACUGCAUAUUUGUCAUUUCUUAAAUUUGUUUUUUGAAUGUUAUACCUAUUACAAAGAUGUUAUAUUCAGUACUUUGGAGUAAACUAUGACAUUUAAUAAAAAUAAUUCUGUUCUCUCUGAAUGAUCUCUAAAGAAUAUGUACAUUUUGUAACAGUUAAGCUAAACCUUGAAAAGUAUUUUAACUAUUAUUGGCAACCCAACUCGAUGAAAAUAAUUCAUGCUAUUUGAGGUACAGUUAGGAGAUUAAUAGUGUUUGCUUUUUAAAAAGGCUCUUCAAUUACAAGUAUGAUCUUGAAAACUUUUUAUUCAGAGAGUGAUCUAAAACUUUAAUCUAAGACACUCCAAUGUAUUAAUCUCUUAUUUUAGUCUGAGAUACCUCAAUUAGAGUUCUCAAGAAGUUUCAUAGUAUAUGUGGACAAAGAUUUGUGCUGUUAUUUGUUUGCCAAUAGAAAAGUAAUUGAAAUGAAAAUGAACAAAAUAGUAUUGCCUUGUGAGAAUAAGUACAUCAGAGGAAAGAGGCUCUAACCCCUUUUAUCUGUGUGCCCAUGUAUUCAUUGUUGAGUUAUGGAUUCAAAGAAGAGAGGAGACUAUGGUAUUGGAAGAAAAAAUUCAUUCUGUAUGUGCUGUUAAAGUCUUAAACCCACACCAUUUUAAAUGUGUAAUCAUUUAGCAGUCAGUGAAAUGUACAUGUUCCCUGCAUGUUUAGUUUUUUAGCACUGGGAAAACCUAUACUUUGGAGAAAGCAGAGAGAAUCUUGAUUUCUGUCUCUUCAGUGCCUUAUCACAUAGUGCAUACAUCUGACAAAGGGACAUUUGGACAGCCCUAGAGAUACAUGCUGUAUGUUAUAAAUGCACAUGGAAACUGAAAGGAAUGGCCUUAGAUAGGAUAAGCCAGAGCAUGAGAUAGCAAGAGGAGGAACUUCAAUUUUGUACAGUGUUUUUGUAAAACAAAAUUCUACUUAAAAUCUGUUAAGAGCUUUGCAGCUGGUUAGAGAGCAAGAGUGUAAGUGCCAACCUAGCUUAAAAAAUAGCCUCUCUCGUCUCUCAAAAAUUAAGUGUUGAGAACAGGAAAAGAGGAGGAGAAAGUGCCUGGAGCAGUGGCCCAAUCCUGCUUCACUUAGUCUCAUAUGGAACUGUUUGUGUGAGUUUUGACUGCAGGAGCCAACCAAAGGAGAGAAUGUUUAAAAGGGGAUUGUGUAUAUACUGGUUGAGUGGUUAAAAGCGCUACCAUUUGUCAAGUUCAAAGCCAGAUAUUGAUGCACCAUUAGUGUCACAUAGGAACAAAUUUUUCAGGAUAGGAAUAGAGCCUCUUUACAAUAUUUUUUUUUAAAUACUUGGAGGGUUUUUCUUCUGAUAAAAGGCUGUGUGUAUGAAAAGAUACCCCAAACCCAGACUAAUUUGCUUGAGAGCAUAGAUUCAACAGUGUGUCAUUAUUCUAUUUUGUAUAUUAAACAAAAGAUAUAUAAUGGGGACAGAUACUAUAUUAUACUGGUGUAUGGCAUAUUAAAAAGCUUUUUUCAUUAUUUUUAUCACAGUAAUUUUAAACAGUGUAAAAUUAAAACCAGUGACUCCCGUUUAAAAAUAAAAGUUGUAGUUUUUUAUUCAUGCUGAAUAAUUCUGUAGUAACAAUUCUGUAGUUUUCACCUACUCAGUGAAAUGUUAGACUGUAAAAUCCUGUGUGGAACUGUUGAACAUUUAUUUUUCAUUUAAAUUUGCUGUUCUGGUAAUACAAAACCACACAUCUGUACAGAAGUUGCAGUAAAUGCGAACCAUUUACAGCAAUGCCAAAAAAUGGACAGAAAUCACAUAAUAAAAUUCUGCUUUUUUCAUUAAA